AUGUUCUUCUCAAAAACAGGACACAAUGUCCUACAAGCAGCGGGUAGCAGGACAUGGCUCCCCAUAAGUAGCGGCAUUGCCGCCCAACAUAGAUGGCUGUCCGCCUCUUCAGCACUCCGAGCCGCCCACAUCCUCAGUUUCGGCGAGUCCUCCAAUACUAAGCUAGCCGAACUACUCGACCGUUAUCGGACAAUGGUCAUCCUGCCGACAUACCUGGCCCCGGAUCAACGCAGGAAGAUCUACAAGGAAAAGCUCAAGCACAUCCUCCAGAAUGAUCCCAUCACCAUGGAAAUUGACGGUGUGGUCCACAAGUUCCGCUAUAGGAGCCGGGUGAGGGAUCUCCCGAGCAGCCGCGACACAGUGAGGGAGGCCUUCAAGCUCAUCAGUACCCCGGCCGACUUGCACAACAUCCCGCCGCUCCUCGCAGGCGUUGUCAGGGGCGGGACACAAAUUGGAUUCAUUCCAAUAUAG